UUUUCUUUUUUCUAAAGGAUGUAUAUUCUACAAGCUAACCAUAGCUAAUAGUUGGAGAGAACUAAGAAGUGUAUAAAACAUACCAUAAAAAAUAAUAAAUAUAUGAUCUCAUGGUCUGUCAUGAUCUGCCCAAGGACAAGAACGGUAAACUAAUAAUUACGUUAGCUAUUCUUGGCCCAAGUUUUGAUUAAUUUAGUUUAAAAAGCACUCCUCUAUUUAUUAACAAAAGGGAACGAAAUCGAUAUCGAUAUUUUAAUACAUUUUUGACACAGAUACAGCCGUACAUCAUAUAUAAAUUAUUGGUAUAAGUGACCACAGAACAAAUUUAGGAAGAAAGUACCAACAUGGUACCAUCAAGUUUAUUUUUUCAGGCCAAUCAUGUGCUUUUGGAAAAAGAUCAAAAAGUAAAUAAAAUAGAUUUUCCUGUUCUUGUCUGGCAGGGGAUAGAGUUAUAAAUAUGUCUGGCGGUGUCGGUAGAGGAAGAGGUUGGUUAAAUUUAAACACACCAAACAAAUACACACCCGGAAUAGACGAAAUGCCGAGCCCUUCAGCGUCAAAACAUUUAAAUACUAAUGAAAUUGAUGAUGAAAACAAGUACUAUACAGAUGUACCACAAGAUUUCUCUGAUCUGAUUAAUGCUGUUAAAGUAAUAAGUCUAGAAGAUGAUGGUAUUAAGUUUAAUCAGAAGAUGAAAUAUAUCACAGAAAUAUGGGUCGAAAAAUGUCGAAACUCUGACGACGUUGAGAAAAGCUAUGAUUUAAUACAUGAAUUAUGUCUAACAGAUGAGGAUUUUUCAAGCAAAGUAGUGCACCUAUUUGCUGCUCAAUCAUUUUCAAGUCAGGAAGUUCAUAAAAAUAAUCUCAGAUCAUUGUUGAUUACGAAAUUACAAGAAAAUUUUGAAGACCGUGAGCAAAUGAUGUCUUCCAAUAUAAUUGCAUUUAGAAAUAGUAUUCAGCUGAUGGGAAAUGUUUAUAACAAAUUAAGAUCUUUAGGAGGAGAACCUUUUAGAUUUUUGAUACUUCCAUUAUUUACUUAUUUUGAAAUGUUAUUGGAAUUAAAACAUAUAGAAGAUUUAAAGCUUUUUGCGAUGCAGCUUAAUUUAAAUGGAGCUUCUAUAAAGAACACAAAUCCUGAAAAAAUUAGUGAAAUUUUGGUAAAAGUUCGAGAUCUUCUUUGCUCUGAGGACAAAUUAUCUAGGGAAGGAAAACUGUGGUUGUUAUUAUCUUUGGAGGUGGCCAAUACAAGAUUCACUCUAUUGCCAACAGAUAUUCAUAACUUUUAUGUGGAACAGCUAGGAGAUCAGGCAAUGGCUUAUUUUCAGGGAAAUCAUGGAGCACUCACUGUUCAGACAAUACAGAAUAAUAAAAAGCUGGAUUCUUAUCAAAGCGCCGUGAACGUACUUCAACUUUCUACGUCAGAUCUCGGAAGCGAUUCUUUCUCAAACAGCGUAUCUGACGCAGGAUCAAUAAGAAAUAUAUCUGAUUAUAGUAGUCGUAGUAGUAGUAAUAGAGAAGAUAGUAAAAAUUUCAACUCAGCUAACAAAAAGGAUAAUCAGUCUAAAAAAGGAGGAAAAACGGGUCGUCCUAUUUUAGGUGUCGGUGUCAGAUUGAACAAAGCCCGACCGACUGACUUUAAGAACGAGACUGGCGGUUGGACGACCAAGUCACCAAGCGACAAAAACCCCGAAAAUAGUAGGAGAGACAAAGACAAAAACAGAGGAACCCAAGGCGGCCCAAAAAAGUUAUUGGAUAAGAAAAAACUACCCCCGAAAUUAAGUAAUAAAGGUUGGCAACACGAUGACAGGUUUGAAACGGAUUAUAGUUAGAGAGAAUAGGCGCUCGACUUUCGCAGGUGGAUUUAAAUCGGAUGUACUGGGUGAUUGAGUAGGAACGACAAUAUACUACGCGUAAAAUAACGCUUCAUUUUACUAUAUCGUGACAUUAAUAACUGAACUCGAAUUAUUUGAAGUCCUUUUUAAGCGUGAAAACUACAAUAUAACGUUCUACGCCUAUUAUAACAUCUUUUUUUUUAUCUUAUCAUCCAGUACAUUUGAAAUAUAAAUACACUGUCUGAUGGUGAAUGCAAUUGUCUCGUAGAACAAAUCACGGUUCUUUUUGUACUUAUAUAAUGUAUUAUAAGGGUUCCAAUACAGGGUGUGCUAUAAAGAUCGCAACAAAUUAUAUUUUUUUUAUUAUUCAGUUGUUAAAGAAAAGUUUAUACAGAACUACGUCAGCGUGUAUUUCAUUUGUUUUUGGGCAUGCUGUAUAAUAGUAUACAGGGUGGUCCGAAUUAUAUUCGGGUAACUUAAAAACUCUAUAUAUUUUUUUCAAAUUGUUAUGAAUUUUAUAGCACACCCUGUACAGUUUUAUUUAAUAGAAUUAUUUUUAGAACAGUUUGCACCUUGGCCUUUUGGCCAAAAAGUAAACAAAUUUUUAAACAAAGGGCUCGAUUUUUUUUAUUCAAGACUCACUAAACUGUAUAUAUGAUACGGUUAAGGUCCGAUGUCCGGUUAAUGUCGACAUUACCCGGUUAAUCUCGAGAAUAACACACAACAAAACAACCAAAAAUAUAACCUAACCCAAACAUUAACAUGUUAAUGUCGACAUUAACCGGACAUCGGACUUUAACUGUAACAUAUAAUAUUUAGAAGUAUAAAAUCAUAUAGUGUCAAAGUAAAGAUGUUACAGAAUAGCAACUUCUCGAUUAAUUCAUUGAUUUUAGUUUUUAAUAGCUUCAUAUUAUCCAGAAUCUUUAUAUUAUUACAUCUAAUAUACAACUUAAGACUGCAAAAUAGGUCGACAAAAUAUAAAUUACUUUUUAAAACUGAAUAUUAUCUGAUACAAGUUGUCUGUUAUAAUAAAGAGUAAUGAAUAUCUCUUACUUUUCUAAUGUUUUAAUUAUAAUCGAAUCUUUAUAAAGUAUGAAACAUUUUUAUCAAAUAACAUUAUUAUUUUAUUUUUAAUAUCACGGUGGCAAAUGAAUUCUAUAUUUUCAUAAGAAGUAUAUGAAUUUGUCCAUUUAACCUUUACAAUUAUUUAUUUUUAACAAAUGUGAUAUUUUCUAGCAAAUUAAUUCUAUGAUUUUACUUAAAUCGAGCAUACAUUGGUUCUUCAUAUACAUUGCUAAGAAAGCAAAAUUAGGUAAUAUCUGUAAUAUGGUAUGGUCGAAAAAACAGCGUCAUGUUGGCUGGAAACGACAGCAAUCUUCAUUUCCAAUUGAACUGUGACACCGUUUUCUUUUUCGAUCAUAUGAUAUAUUCUAGUCUUAUAUUUUUUUAACAGUCUUUUUUUAAAUUAUUUUAAAUUAUUUUUUUAACUUCUACUGUUGUAUAUGUUGCAUUCGUAAUCAACUUUUUAUAUUAUCGGAAUUUUUUUAGCUGUAUUAUAGUCAAUUAGUUGUAAAUAAUUUUAAAAACGGCAAUUUUAUUGUGACGGAUUUUACGUUUAGCCUUUUAUGUAAUAAAUGUACUUUUAAAUUAGAUAUUUUUAUAAAAUUAUUAUUUAAAAUGCCUUUAAACUGCUAAAAAAGUCAGGUUAUAGAUAACAAAAUAUCAAACAACUCUUAUAUUAUUCGUUUUUAGACUAUAUCUUGUCAUUUGAUCACACUUUUUACAUAUUUAAAAGGCAUUUUAAUAAUUUGUCGCCAUAACUGUCUGUUUAAAAAUAUACAAUUUUAAUUUGAAAAUAUGUUUGAAUGGCCCUGUCCAUUUAUAAUGAUAUUUUUGAAAUUGCUUGGGUAUUUGUUAAAUUUGAUUCAAGUGCGUCUCCCUGUAAUGUAUUUGAAUAUUUUUAUGGAAUUUUAGUUGUGUCUAAUUUUAUUUAUAUUUUAAUAAUAAUUGAAUGAAUAUUUAUGUAAAUUAUUUGUAAAUAGAUUAUUUUAUUUUUACUUUUUAUCCUAUGCAUCCAAAAUUAAAAUAUUUUAGUAUAUUAUUAAAAAUACUAUGAAUAUCCUAUAUUUAGAUGAUUAGUACAAUAUUAGGUGUCUGAAUUAUUUUUUUAUUGAAAAAUACAUGUAAUUAUUGAUAAGGUAUUCGUCGAUAAAUUUUAUAUAGAUUGUUUAUAUUUUUUAGUUUCAUCAAAAAGAUACACGAAUUGUAAAUAUUAGCAAUACGCACUUUAAGGUGUAAAUAUUAACAUCCUUAUAUGAGGCGUAGAGGCAGUGGCGGAUACAGAGGGGGGCCCAUGGGGCCUGGGCCCCCCCUGAAAUCUGUAAAUUGGGUUAAAUAUUAGGCUUUUGGGUUAAAAAUGGUGCCCUAAAAGGCAUAUUUUGCAUUAUAUUUUAUUUGGGCCCCCCCCCUAAAAUAAAUUUCUGUAUCCGCACCUGCAUAGAGGCUGUUAAAUGUGGAAUUGGGAAGAUUAAAAUUGAUUUAACACAAAGUUUCAAAUAUCAAUUCAAAAUAUAUGGUCUGAAUUUUAGUUUCUAGUCCGGAUUUCAGUUCAAAAUUCUUUAUUUUUGGGAUACUCUUUAAAAUACAACCCUAUAUUUUACUCACUAUAUUAUGAAAGGAAUUAAAAAAAAAAACACACUCAAGAUGUAGUUUAUUUUCAUUUCAACGAAUAAUUUUUUUCUUGGUCGAUAUUAGGGAAUCAAUCCCGCACCAAAAUCUCAAUCCCGCAAACCCGCGGGAUUAAAGCAAAUCCGCAAAAUUGCGGGACUGUAAACAAUA